AUGUUCCCUAUUGUUAUGCGAAACACUAGAAGGUUACGAUGCAAGAGGGAGAAAAAAUGUCGUUUUGAGUCGUGCGCGGAGCAAAAUCAAAGUAAUGAACUUCAGGCAAAGAGAAAAUUUCCAGCCCAUAAACCUAAGGCAACGGGAGACUAUUGUUAUUACUUCUACAAUGAUGGGAACUUCGUCCCUAUAAAAAUAGAAGCACGAAGGAAGGAAGUUGAGGAGGAGUCGAAGAUGAUGCCGUUAUCCCCGAAGGCCUACCUACCAGCGGCGCUUUCGGAUUGGGACUUUUCAAAGAAGGAAUGGACCAAUGGCGAAGCUGCUGCUGCUGCUGGUGAGGGCAUGGGUUCCGGCUCGUCUGGGGACAAAAAUCCUUCAAAGGCAGCCAGAACAGCAGCAGCAGCACCGUCGUCAUCGGCAGUUCAAGAUGGAUGCGAAGUAGAGGAAGGCAGAUCAAGAAAUAUCCCGUUUCGGAUGCGUUUGAAGUCCGCCAGAGCUCGCUUCUUCGGUUGUUUUGGAGCCAAAUGA